AAAAAUAAGCAGGAUACAUAUUAUUGUGAAUUAAGUAAAACGAUUCAAGUAUCUACAGCAAUAAAGAGGAAACGCGAGGAUUCAACGAGUUCCAUAGGUACUGUUGAAAAACCAAAAAAAGUAAAACUCGAACCGACACAAGAUCCUGUAAAAGGGCAGUCGACUGCCCCCAAUGGGUUACCCGUGCAACUUGCACAACCUCUACAGGCUCCGGCAUCAAAUAAGAAAGAUCAGAUAACAGCUACCCAAAAUUCUCCUGUACAGCAGCAUCCAAGUAGUCAACCACCUGUUGUCAAUACGGCGACACCAGCGCAUGUACCUAUGUCACAGACGCCUGCUGUUAUGAAUGCUACAUUACCAAAUACCAAUGCUCUACAGAGUUCGCCGAAUGCGCUUGCUCAUAUUCAGCAACCUGUUAAAACCGCUAAUCAGGUUGCUUCGAGCAUUGUUGCUACAAUGCAGGUGCAACCUUCUGCUACUUCUACUACAGCAAUAUCUCAGUCGCCUUUAUUUAUCCAGCAACAAUCUAUACCAGGUUCUAUAGCUCGCCCUCAACAGAAUAUGCCAGGAGUCAAAUAUCCUCCUAAUUCCAUGACGCAAUUUAAUAUGCAGUUGGCUGCAAUGACACCAGAACAACGUAAACAUUUUAUAGCUAAUCUUAAAAAUCAACCACCAUUUCGAAAUGCACAAUUUUUUAGAAAUACGUUAGCUACUAAUGCACAGCAGCAAUUAAUUCGACAAAAUACUAUACUCCAGCAUGAGUUGGCUGCAAGUCAACAAAAUCUUGCGAAUGUAUUUAGACGUCAGAUGCUUCAAUUUAAUAAUGGAACACAAGUAAAUAUUGGCCAACAACAAAUUGGAGGAAAUUUUGCAACUUCAGCUACUAUAAAUGAAGCAGCAAGUUCACAAUCUCUCAAUGGUACCGAAGCAUCAUCAGCCGCAACUACUGCACAACAGCUUAGUGCGUUUAACUCGUUGACAUCUCCUAUGAGCAUUUCCACCAACUCUCAAUCUGUUGGUUAUACUACCGCGUCAACAUCCAUUGGUGCGCAAUUCGGAGGACAAAUGCCUACAAGUUCGAUAGGCACAGUGAAUGCUGCUACAAUCGGCGCACAAUUGCCCGCGUCUACCAUGAUGAGCUCUACUUCCACUGCUAGUAUGAAUAAUAGUGUUAUAGGACAAAGUACUAAGACGUCCGUUGGAGUUGCAACUUCAAUUAAUG